AUGGAAGAAAUUAAUAUUUGGUGUCAUUUGCUAGAAUUCGCCAUCUUUCAAAAACAACUUGAUAUCUUUAAAGUGGAAGAGUGGAAAUCGGAGGACUUUGCAUCAUUGAGGGAAUUACUUCAAGAUUUUAUUCCACAUAUUAGAUGGUUUCAAAUUUCUGGAACGGAUUUUUGGUACAAGAUUAAACCUUUUAAAAAAGUUUUACCAAAAGAAUUGUACGAUGAUAUUUUGGGUUACAGCAUUGACAAAUCUAUUCAACCGAAAUCGUUUACCAUCUUGCAAAAAAGACAGAAAGCUUUAAACCUUUCUCGAAAACGAGUAGAUUAUGAUGAAAUGUAUAUGAGAGCAAAGUUAUCGAGAAAAGUCAGGCAUUUACUCUUUGAAUGA